CAAGGUUCGUCAAGGGAGAUACUGAAAAAAAUCUAUUGUGUUCGUUUCUCGGAAGGGAUUGAGUUUCCCUAGAUCCCUAACACUCCACCAAUCACAGUCGAGAUUGGGCGUGGCCUGACGCCGAACUAGUUCCGUGUGGAAACUUCGCCGGUCCGGGUGCAAAGUUUCAGCCGUCUGCAAACGCGCAUCACAGAGGGUCAGUAUAACCGGGCAGAUCUCCGGUCCCCAGCGCUCAUUAAACUCGGAUUCCCGCAUCGUUUACAUUCUGUCGGUCGGAACGAGUUCAGAUCAAGCUUAAUUGUUACGUGCUCUGGAAUCAUGGCCUACGCGCAGAACCGGGUCCGCCUGCUGUGCAUGCUGUCGCUCACCUUCGGGUUCUUCAUCGUGGAGGUUGUAGUAAGCCGGAUUACGUCGUCUCUAGCAAUGCUGUCGGACUCUUUUCAUAUGUUAUCGGACGUGAUCGCGCUGGUCGUGGCUCUGGUGGCGGUACGCUUCGCGGAGCAGACACAAUCCACCAACAAGAACACGUUCGGCUGGAUCCGGGCCGAGGUGAUGGGCGCACUGGUCAACGCCGUGUUCCUCACCGCGCUGUGUUUCACCAUCAUCCUGGAGGCCACCGAGCGCUUCACAGAGCCGCAUGAGAUCGAGAAGCCCUGGGUGGUGAUCGGAGUGGGCGCCGCGGGGCUGGUGGUCAACCUGCUCGGGCUCUGUCUCUUCCACGGGCACGCUGGAGGAGGUGGACACGGCCAUUCCCACGGAGGAAAUAAAAAACACAAGAACGGGAAAGCUCGCAGGUCCGAGAUGCAGGAGGAUUGCCGGUCUGCUGGAGAAGAGACCAAUAACCUGGUCGGGAAUCACAAUAGCAGCCCGAACGGCGUUAAUACGGACCGAAGGAGAGCUGAUGUGUGUCAUAGCAACAGCCUGGAUUUGCAGAUUAACGGCAACGCUCCAUAUGAAGAAUUUGAAAACGGACAUGACUCUGCAUCCCAGCUCAACAUGCGGGGUGUUUUCCUUCACGUCCUGGGUGAUGCUCUCGGCUCUGUGAUCGUGGUGGUCAACGCCCUCAUUUUCACCUUUGUAUGGAAGCCGUGCUUGCCCGGUACGCCCUGCGAGAACCCUUGUGUUGGUCACCAAUGUGCAAACCAUGUUGAGAAUAUCAGCAGUGCAGGAACCAACUAUACUAUGUUCAAAGCAGGGCCUUGCUGGGUGCUUUAUCUCGACCCAACACUUUGUGUUAUCAUGGUCUGUAUCCUUCUGUACACCACGUAUCCACUUCUGAAAGAGUCUGCACUUAUCCUGCUGCAAACUGUGCCCAAGCAGAUCGACAUGCAUCAGCUCAAUGCCCGGCUGCAGGAACUGGAGGGAGUGCUGGCGGUGCAUGAACUGCACAUCUGGCAGCUGGCGGGGAGUCGCAUUAUUGCCACAGCGCAUAUCAAAUGCCACGACCCUACCUCCUAUAUGGACGUUGCCAAGCGUAUCAAGGACUUUUUCCAUGAUGAGGGCAUUCAUGCAACGACCAUUCAACCGGAAUUUGUCACAAUGAUCUCGGAGUCUCGCGCGUCGCUUUGCGAGUUGUCCUGCAGAACACAGUGUGCACCAAAACUCUGCUGCGGUGCCACUGAUACUGUAAAACAACCGGAUGGUACUCUUGACCAAAAGAAACCAAGUGAGUCCAAAACCCCAAUGGUCCCAGGAGAAGGUUCUGCUCUGGAGAUCAUCAUUGAGUCUGUGGAGACUUCAAGCAGGCCUGAAGCCCCUGCAAUCAUCACAAGGGAAGUGGAGUCAUCGCUGUGAAAUAAGAGCAGUUUAGAUGGAGAAUUAAGGUUACCGGCGUGUUUUGGAUCAACUGACUGAUUUCUACUUUGCUGUGAGAAGAGUCCAAACACACAUUCAUCAUAACACACACACGCACACACUGCCCUGUCUCCAUGACACCAUAUCAACAUAAAGGCAAUAUGAAAAGACUGGAGAGUAAGGCCUUCUGCAUGUGUUUACUGCAUUGUCGGAUUGGUGUUUGUGCCAAAGCUUCUCUUUAUGCUGGAUGUCAGACACUCACAUCCUUCCUGUGGAUGUAAUGCAAUGACAUGUCAUUUUAAAGUUUGGCUGCUGAAUCAUUAGAGGAAUGUCUUGACCAAUUUUGUUUACCCAUUUGUUCUGUUUUAUCUUUCAUACUUUAUAUUGUUUGUUUUCUCAGUCAUAUUCAACUUUUACAUUUUGUGAGAGAUUUAAUAAUGUAUGUAUUUAAGUUAUUGGUAAUUACAUCUAGUUUUUUGUUUAUCAAAAAGUUGUUUGUAAGAUUUAGAGGUAUGAUAUUAAAGGUAAAACAAAAAAAGUAUUUUCUUUUUUUUUGCCUUGACAGUAUUUUCUUUUUAGAUAUGAUGUUUUUAAAGAUUGCUGUUAAAUCUUUCACUCUUUUUAAAUGAUCUGUUUUAUUUGAUCUCAUAAGAUGUUUCAGCAGUUCUUCACCAAGCCUAUAAUUGAAAUUGCUGUUAUAGCACUGAAUCUAGUCAGUGUAGGAACUAGACAACCCUCUCGUUGAUUUUUAUACAAACUGAUCCCUCCUUCAUUCUGUGGUUCUGUCAAUCAAACCACAGGUGAAAAUGCUGUCAAAAUGUAAAAUAUGUUGUCAAACUGCAGGAGGGUGUCAGGAGAUUUGUCCAUGCUGUUGUUUAAAGUGAAGGGACCUCUUCAGAUUUGUAGCAAACAUUAAUAUGGCACCUGUGACAUGACCAAAUAUAAUUGUUCAUAAUAAACGCUUUGAGGGAGGAACGAAGCGAAUUUGUAAGACCAUAACCUUGUCUUAUGGUCUUACAAAUUCAAGUUUUUUUUCUUCUGAAAAACACAGGGAAUGGGCACACAGGUUUGGGUUGAUCAUAUUAUUCUUAGUGUCGCACAGUCUUUUCCGUGGCCUUCAUUGUAGAAAAAAACAGGCAGAAUAUCAGCCCUUCACAAAACUAUUUAUAUCUGCAAACUUUGGUAAUAUUUUAUGUGGGUAGAAAUAUGCAAUUUAUGAAAAACAGGAAAACUUGUCUUUAUUAUUAGUUGUUUAGUGACUUUCUUUGAAAUCUGUAAACAUGAGCUCAGCAUAUACUAUAUGCACAGACAAGAGUAUUUGUAUCACUGAGGAUUUUAAGCAUACCGUGCUUAAAUGUUUUUGAUAUGUUCCUGUCAACUGUGUUGUUGUGAAUUAAAAAUGCUUGUUUGGUACUGUUCAAUCCACAUGCCUGUUUUGUUUGUAACUUUCUAAGGGAAGUUGAUUCAGUCAGAGAUUAUUUUGACAUCCACAGCAGAUUUUUUUUAAACUUUUAAACAAUGAAUAGAACAAGAUUCUAGAACAACAGUGAAUAGAACAUCUGCAUAGAAAGUGAAAUAAGCUAACAAACAGGUAAAUUCAUGAGAUUUAAAGGCCCAGUACUGAGCCAUGGGGCACACCAGACUUAACUAGACCAAGUUUAAACCAAAAUCUACCAAGAAAGACAAAGUGACAAUGAUCAGAGCUGCUAAACAAUUUUAGAGCAAAGAAAUUAUAAUGCUGGCAAUUUAUGAUGGAACUGUGAAUCAACAUACAGGCCAGUUCAAGAACAUGUAAUCAGAUUGAAGUGAUUCAAAGUACACAUGUACAGCUUGCUUUCAAAUAUGCAUACAACAAUUUCCUCACAUUGUGCUUUGAUAGUAGGUGGAUCUAGUGGCUUGAGUCAAGCUUUGUGAAUUUAUACCUAUAAUAUAUAGUGUAUAUUAUAAGCUUUCAGUAGUUACAGAGAUGGAAACUUGAGUUGCAAAUUAAAAUUAGACAUGUUUUAACAUGUUAAUUCUGUGCAAUCAAUUAUAUAAAUAAAAGCACAAUUAGUCAAAGGUGGGGUAUGUGAUUUGCAAAACGGCCGGCAGAUUUUGAAAAUACACAACUCAUAAAGUCCUACCUUCUCUCCUCCAACGCUGGCCCUGACUCCACCCAUUCGAAAAACAUGGACGCGCAAUCAUGCACGAGCGAAAACUCAGAUGCGCGAGAGCGAGCCAGGCUAGCAUAGGUUGGAGUUUCUGCAUGACGUCACCAUUUACCUGCUAAGACCGUCAACAUGGCACAACAUUCAGCGUUAAGUUGCACCAGAUAUUAUUAACAUUCAACAGUCACAUAAAUCAUUAGUAUUGUUAGAAAAUUGAUGUUUUUGAAAUGUAAAUAUAUAUUGUAUAAAUAUAAAAUAUAUAAAAAUAUAUUGGACGUCCUGGUUGUCACCGAAGUUUAUGGCUAAAUAUAGGGCUGACCGAUAUAACGUUAUCAGAUGAGAUUGUUAUGCGCAUCUCGUCAGUAAAGCACAUAACAUAAAGUGCAUUCAUUGAUUAGUAAAUCGCCAUCAGCUGCUUUCAGAUGGAGCGGCGUAUACUACACAGAGCCGUAGUUCACUAACAAGCUGGGCCGUGAUAAUGAAGGGUAAAUUGCCCAGCUUG